UGAACACAGUGCGCAGGCUUCUUUUAUUUUGAAAAGCCAAAACAGGAAGUGGUUGCUUUAUAUCACGCGUCAUUUAACUCUGAUGAACAGAGCAACCGACGCACGGUGCCUGCGUGAACGAAAACGGGGGAAGCUUGGACAAGAACCGGCUGGGCUGCGUCGGGAACUUAGCAUGCAACAAUAUAAAUGUUGAGUGUGGUUCCGGAAUAUUGGUAUUUCCCGUGCGAACGGCGAUAGUUGACGGCCACACCCUGUUUUCCACCCACCGCAGCUCAGUGCUGGCGACGGUGAGCGGCUUGAAACCCAGCAGGGCGGCUAGCGGGGUUCACAGCGGAGAGAGGAAGCAGGAGCGUCGGCUGCUUUGAGAACCAUGAGAGAGUACAAAGUAGUGGUUCUGGGGUCCGGGGGCGUCGGGAAAUCCGCAAUAACAGUCCAGUUUGUGACGGGGUCUUUUAUAGAGAAAUACGACCCCACGAUAGAGGAUUUCUACAGGAAGGAGAUCGAGGUGGACUCCUCUCCGUCCGUCCUGGAGAUCCUGGACACGGCGGGGACCGAGCAGUUCGCCUCCAUGCGAGACCUCUACAUCAAAAACGGGCAGGGUUUCAUCCUGGUCUACAGCCUAGUAAACCAGCAGAGCUUCCAGGACAUCAAGCCGAUGCGAGAACAGAUCACUCGGGUCAAAAGGUACGAGCGGGUGCCGAUGAUUCUGGUCGGGAACAAAGUGGACCUGGAGGGGGAAAGGGAGGUCUCGUCCGGUGAGGGGAAGGCGCUGGCGGACGAGUGGAACUGCCCGUUCAUGGAAACUUCAGCCAAAAAUAAAAGCUCUGUGGACGAACUGUUUGCAGAGAUAGUUCGGCAGAUGAACUAUGCCUCAACACCAAGUGGCGACGACCGGUGCUGCUCUUCUUGUGUAAUUCUUUAAGAGGGGAAAAAAGGGACAAUCACAAAGUUUUAUUCUCUGCUCAGUUUUAAGUUUGCAAUGUGUGUUGCAGCAAGUCUGUACUGUUGAGCUCUUCUUCGUGUCUCACCCCUGGCCUUGGAGGAGAAUGAAGGGAGGAAUGCUGCAGAGGGACAGGAGGAGGGGGGGAAGCAACUGAGACCAAGGGAGGGUUUCACUCUUCAGGAAUUCUGCUGGGUUGGAGUAUCUUUGCACGAUCAGCGACCACCAUMGAUGUCAGCACAGAGUUUCAGAAACCUCCCCAGCACUCCCCGACUGGAACUACCCCCCCCCCCCCAAUAACGGAAAGGAAAUGGAGAGUAACACUUAGAGAAACUCAUAAAUGGAUAUUUCUGUACAAGAAGAAGACAGGGAAAUAGAAUUUAUUUUGUUAAAUAACUGCACAGACUGGGGCAAAGAAAUAGGGCACUGCUCCACAACACUCCGGUAACCCCCCGCCCCCCAAAAAAUAAAUAAAUUAAAAAAAAAUAAAAGUAAGAUGAAUACCACAUCUGGUGGUGGAGCAAAUGUGAUGAGUGCCACUUUUAUUUUUGUCUUCACCUCCUCCUCAGUGUGUGAGAGGAACCUAAGCGAAGUGAUAUGGGGACGCUGACCUGAUCACCCCUGUGUCGAGUGCCUUUCCAAAACAAAUCAACUCUUCAGAUUUUGUGCCAACCUAYGUUUCACCAAAAGAACCCUUCAACGUGGCAAUCUACAUGCUAUCGAGAACUUUUCUCCUGGAUAAUCUUGUAAAGGUGGAGGCUGAAAACAAAUAAAACUGCAAUAGGCUUUUUUUGUUUGUUUGUUUUUAAAAAGGUGGACUUGUGUAAGUUUUACGUUGGCCCCCACUUUUUUUUGUCUGCUCGGUCUGGCCAAAUCUAUUUCUUGAAAUGCACAGGUACUGGAUCCACCUCAGUGUGACAGCAGUAAACAACACUUUACCUUCCAGACCAGUUAAAGGAAUUUAGUUCGUUUUGUUUUUGUUGUUGUUUUUUUUUUUUACAGGAAAUGUGAUGAUGUGUUGUUGACAAAUCUAACCUGAUUGUAAGUUUAAUUUUCAGACAAGCCGUUUGACAGUGAGCUGUCUGUUUUAAAGACAAGACUUUUAAUACAAAUUGCAUUUUGUUUAAAAAAAAAAAA